AAUUGUUAGAUAUUUAUAUUAUAGUCCGCAUUAUAAUUUGUGAUAUUAAAAACAUUAUUUAAAAACUAGUUUAAGAUGGGUAUAUAUAUAUCCGUGUAUGCGUGUUUUCAUUAAACCCAAUUAAUUUUAUUAAGCCCAUGAAGAAUUAGGGUUUCGACCUGUUCAAGCACACCUUAAUAUAUAGAAUGAGGGUCAUUAAAGCUCAGAAGCAUGUUACCUUGAUCACUGAUUGCAUGCGUGCAGAUUCAUCGAUCCACAUUGUGAGUUUUCGUGUCACUGUGUUACUAUUUUUGAUUGAAAAUAAGAUAUGUAGUGUUUGAUCUUAUUAAUAUUUCUAUUGCAGCGUUUGUAGAAACUUAUUAAAAUGACAAUGUGCGAUCUUCCACACGAUUUGAUAAGGGAAAAGAUACUCACCAAUGUUCCAAUAACAUCUCUGAGAGCAGUGCGGUGUACUUGCAAAUUAUGGAAUGCAUUAUCCAAAGAAUUUAUCCUUGGUAACGAAACAUCAAGGCAGCAUCAUGAGUUUCAAGGGUUCAUGAUGAUAUCUAAUAAGAUUUGCCCCUUUAGAGUCGAUAUCCAAGGAAUCAUCAGCAAUCACAACAAUUUGGUCGAUCCAUCCACGAAGAAAUUAGAUUUACUUGAUCAAGUCGAGGUAUCUAGAGUAAUUCACUGUGAUGGCUUACUGUUAUGCGUCACCAACAACAACUCCAAACUCUUGGUGUGGAACCCUUAUCUUGCGCAAACAAGGUGGAUCAGACCGAGAAUAUGUUACGAAAAAUCAGACAUGUAUGCUAUUGGUUACGACAACAGCAGUAAGGUCCGUAACUAUAAAAUCUUGAGACUUAGUACUAGUCAUUAUUAUGGCCUAGGCAUUGAGUUGGAAAUCUACGACUUUAGUUCUGAUUCAUGGAGCUUUCUUGGUGUCUUCCCUGACUAUAGAAUAAAUUCUUAUCACAGCCUCGUGAAUUUGGCGGGAUCUACUUACCUUUUUGCUAGAGUGAUCAGAAGAACAACUCGUAAAAAGAGAAAUCAUUAUGAGUAUUUAGCAUCUUUGGAAAAUUGUUUGCUAUGUUUUGAUUAUACAAGUGAGAGAUUUGAACAGCACAUGCCUCCGUUUAGCCCUUAUUAUUAUUAUACGGAUACUGUGGCUUUAUCUACAGUUAGGGAAGAUAAACUUGCUGCACAUAGUUAUGGUUUUUAUCAAUCGUCUGUGACAUUGGAGGUUUGGGUUACGAAUAAGAUUGAGGACAAGGCGGUGUCGUGGAGCAAGUUUUUAAAGGUGGAUAUGGGAUCAAUGGUACCAGUCAGGGAUUUUCUGUGCAAUUGGAAAGCUGAUUUACUCUUCGUUGAUGAGGAGAAUAAAGUCGCUGUGAUAAUCCAUGAAAGCCGAAAUUACUCAACCAAGCUCCAACUAACAGCUUACAUCAUUAGAGAAGAUGGAUACUUCAGAUCUAUGAACAUCGGUGAAGUGAAUUUAAAUUUCUCUAGAAAGCUUAGUGUGCAACAUGUGUUUUCCCCUUAUCAUCCAAGUUUAGUGCAAAUCAACCGACGGUCAUACCGGGGAGAUGGCUGUGCGAAUGGGCAUUCGGAACCUUUGGGUAGAGUCUGACUCGUUAUAUGCAGUCUAGAUGAUUAGCUCCAAGCCCCAUAAGCAUUCCAAAGGAAGAAGGAAAAAAAUAAGAGAUGUCUAAUUUGCCUUGAUUUAUUUCUUGUAUCGUCCGCUUUUGUCUUCUUUUUUAUUUUCAUGUCAUUUUGAAACAUAAGAGUUGUUUCCACUGAGACGUCAAAUAUCAAACCUCUUUUACUAACUCUAGUAGUAUUUUUCCGAGCCUUUACUAGAAGAAGUUGAGAGAUGGCUUGAUUUGAGACACUACCAAACCAGAAUAAAUUGCAAAGCCAAAUCAUUUAGUAUUUUAUAGACCGAUUUGUUAAUUUUUGUUAACACUGCAAACGUAAAAGAGACAAGCAAAGAUCUGCCGAAGAAGAUUUAGAGUUCGGUGAACUUUACAUAGUGAAAUGGACAAGACUCUUGACCCCUCCAACAACACUUCUCAUAGUUAACUUGGUUGGAGUCGUUGCUGGAUUCUCUGAUGCUUUAAACAAAGGUUAUGAAGCUUGGGGACCUUUGUUUGGUGAAGUUUUCUUCGCCUUUUGGGUCGUUCUUCAUCCUUAUCCUUUCCUUAAAGAUCUUGUGGGAAGACAGAACAGAACAGAACACCCACCAUCGUUGUUCUUUUGGUCUAUCUUGCUUGCUUCUGUGUUUUCUCUUGUUUGGGUUCGUAUCAAUCCUUUUGUUUCUAGGACUGGUACAACCUCCCUUUCUGAGAACUGUCUUUUGAUCGAUUGCAAAGAG